GUAGUGCUCAGCCAAUGAGGAACCAGGGGAAGGACUUCACACUAGGAGGUAAGUUGCUGUAACUGCCCCGAGCUUGCCUGUCCAUCAGACCUGCUCUUGCAAGAAUGUUGGUUAAAGCCUUGCUUCACUGUGUUGUGGCUUAGAUGAUGAGAAAUAACUCGCAUCAGAGGGACAACAGCUCAUGGCUCCGUGGGGCUCGGGGACUGGGAGUGCUUACCCUGUCCCUUGGGCCCAGGUCCUUCUGGAACAAGCACUUGAAUAUCCAGGUGCUCUUUAUUUCUCCUUGAGCUGAAACGCCGACACCAGUGUGAGGAUGGCCACACCUCUGGAGCAGGCGUUGGCUACAGUCGUGAGCACCUUCCGGAAAUACGCAGAGCUCUCCGGGGGCAAGCACGGGCUCUGCCAGGCAGGGCUCAAGGAGCUGCUACAGAAGGAGCUGCCCACCUGGACCCCGAUGGGGCUCCGAGAGUGUGACUACAGUGCAUUCAUGAGCGUCCUGGACACCGACAAGGACUGCAAGGUGGACUUUGUGGAGUACGUGCGCUCCCUGGCCUGCCUCUGCACUUUCUGCCACGACUACUUCAAGGACGUGACCCCCGUGACCCCCGUGACCCCCUGCUCCCAGUAGGCUCUGCUCCUGAGGACAGGGGUCUGCUCGGGCAGGACCUGUCCCCCCACCCCCGUCCUGCACCUCCAGCAUCCCAGCUAGAGAGUCACAGAGCUGCUGCCCCCUCCCACGGCCGUGACUGUGGUGGGGAAGGGCACAUUCAACCCCUAAUAAAGUGCUGGUGUCACUUGG